CACGUGUUAACUUUGAGGUUUUAUUCAUUUUGUUGAUAAUUAUUCACUUACAUUUUGAAUGCAAGGCUUUUCCCGAGUAAUAGAGUUUUUUUUAAAAAAAAAUGGUAUGGUCAUUUUUACUUAGGCAAAAUAUAGAUAAAACACCUCAUACACCACUAUUCAGCAUUCAAGAAAAGACAAUAGCAGGGGAGAGACACCAGGGGGCAGCAGUGCACCAUCACCGAGUGCAGUCAGCCUCAAGAGGAAGAAGAAGGAAGCGGUAGGUACAAACUGGACACUGCAAUGUUUGGACUCUUCAGGAAAAGUAAACCUGUGAAAAUUAGGAGCCGUAAUGACAACAGAAAAUACGGAGUUGCAGCAAAGGGUGUGAAGGAGUUGCUUAAAAAGGGCUGCAAGUUAUUACAGUUGCCAUUGUCUGGUGCACAUGUGUGUUUGUAUGCGGAUGGGACCAAAGUGACGGAGGGAUUCUUCCCAACUCUUCCAGACAACACUGAACUUGUUCUCCUCUCCAGCGAUCAGACAUGGAGUGGAGUUGUGUGUGACAUCGAUCAGUUACUGAACACAGACCGGCACGCCGAUGGCCUCAUUAAAGCGGCGAGAGGGCUCCUGUCUGAUGAGCAGUCUCAUAAAAGACGUAAAAUCCUGACUGACCUGCUGUUCAACCUGGAGGACAGAUCUGAGCUGGAGAGGAGAGAGGAGGAUGAAGACUGGUUCAAAGGUGUCGAUGCUCGAUUUAAGACAAAGUCUGCCUACAUGAAGUUCAACUGUGAGAGCAGGAUACGAAGCUACAUGAAGGAGGUGGAUGGCACAACCAAAACCAUCGAGAAGGCUAAAAUCAAGGCAGAGUUUCUGAAAGCAUCGAAAUGCCUGGCAGAAACACUGAAGGCGGCGAGGUACAACGGCAGCUACUUUGACAGGACUGAAAAGGAGCUGGAUCGCCUCUGUACUCAGGAAGGAUGGUUUACCUGUCAGGGAUCAUUUGAGCAGGAAGUUUGCCUGUCUCUCCACUCCAUCAACCCGUACGGCAGCCGAGAGAGCAGGAUUCUCUUCAGCACAUGGAAUCUGGACCAUAGGAUUGAAAAGAAAAGGACCAUCAUUCCCGCUCUGCUGGAAGCUCUCCAGAAUCACAAGAGCGAAGAUGUCAACCUGAACUACUUCUACCGCCUGCUGUUCACCAGGGAGAACCUGAAGCUGGUUCACAUCGUGUGCCAUGACAAAGGUGCUCACAACCUGCUGUGUGACACCAAGAAGAUUUUUAAACAUACCAUUAACACUGACAACACAAAACAGAAGCUUAAAGGGAAGAAGAGGCGCUUGGUGUGAUAUUUUUACCCUUACUUUUAUGAAAAAAAUGAUCAUUUGAACUGUGACGA